GGCUGAAUUUGAGGCUGUGCCAGUUCAGAGCUGGGGAGGCAUUGCCUGUCUCUUCUUUGCCUUCUCCUCCUCUGCAACAUCCGGAAAUGGCUUUUCUUCUGGGUUGACUGACAGCUGGGUUAAUAGCCCAGAGAGAAUGGUUGGGACUAUCUACCUGUGAUGGUUGGAACUGUCUACCUCCAAAAUUUCUGAACCUUUGUUGGAGAAUUCUUAUUACUAGAUCAUUGGAGCAGACCAAGCAAGAGCAGGCUUUGCACUGUCCCUGGUCAUCAGGUUUGCAGUCGGAUUGGAAAAGCUGAACUUGAAGCUUCCUGCCUGCAGCGAGACCAAGACACACCCACGGCUCAGAUAAUAAAAGACAUGAGCUUCAGCGUGACUUUCCAUCUUUCCUACAAAUCCCGAUUCCUAUUGUUUUUCACCUUAUGCCUGACGGUGGUUGGGUGGGCCACCAGUUACUACUUUGUGGGUGCUAUUCAAAAGAUCUCCAAAGCAAAGGAUCUCCUGGCUAAUUUCAACAAGGGCAACGUUUCGGGGAAGAAAGGAACCGUGACGGAUGAAGCGUCUGUGAAAAAAGCAGACCUUGACAGCUGCCCUUCUGUGUCUCCGUACCUCAAGGGCAAGAUCAAGCUCGUCUUCAAACCAGACCUCACUCUAGAGGAAGUACAGGCAGAAAACCCCAAAGUGCACAGAGGCCGGUAUCACCCUGAGGAGUGCAGGGCUUCUCAGCGGGUCGCCAUCCUCAUUCCACAUCGCAACAGAGAGAAGCACCUGCUGUACUUGCUCAAACACCUUCACCCCUUCUUGCAGAGGCAGCAGCUGGAGUAUGGCAUCUACAUCAUCCACCAGGCUGGAAGUAAAAAGUUUAAUCGUGCCAAACUCCUGAAUGUGGGCUAUCUAGAAGCUCUCAAGGAAGAAAAUUGGGACUGCUUUAUAUUCCAUGAUGUGGACCUGGUGCCCGAGAAUGAUUUGAACCUUUACAAGUGUGAGGACCAGCCCAAGCAUCUGGUGGUUGGCAGGAACAGCACUGGGUACAGGUUACGUUACAGUGGAUAUUUUGGGGGUGUUACUGCCCUAAGCCGAGAGCAAUUUUUCAAGGUGAAUGGAUUCUCUAACAACUACUGGGGAUGGGGAGGCGAAGACGAUGACCUCAGACUCAGGGUUGAGCUUCAUAAAAUGAAAAUAAUCCGGCCACUGCUUGCAGUGGGUAAAUAUACUAUGAUCUUCCACAAGAGAGACCAAGGCAAUGAGGUGAAUAUAGAACGGAUGAAGCUCUUACAUCAGGUGUCACACGUCUGGAAAACAGAUGGGUUGAGCAGUUGUGAUUACAAAUUACUCUCUGUGGAUUACAAUCCUUUAUAUAUCAACAUCACAGUGGAUUUCUGGUCUGGCCCAUGACCAGGACCUUCUGCUGCCGUUUGGAGGAACUGAAUAUCUGAUUGCAAUAAUUUUGCCUAGACUUCCCCAAGUAGCACACCUGAAGAACUUGUUGCAGCCAGUUAUUGAGCUGAAUUCUCCUUUUUUGUAUUUUCUUAGCAGAGCUCCUGGUGGUACAGAAUGUGAAACAACUAUAACAAGACAGCUUUCUUAGCUGUUUUGAUCAUGAGGGUUGAAUAGUGUAAUGCAGAUCCUUGAAGGACCAAGUGUCGAAGGGCUACACAUAGAUACCCUGAAGGCUAAUUGAGAACUCUGGUGGAAGGAGAUUUAAGUUUGAAGUGGUACCUGUUUUCUAGGAUAAAAAAGGCCCUGGGAAAUUAAGAUUGCUGAAUGUCCCAGAGAACCAGAAUUGUUCUCAUCCAGGGGAGGAAAGGAUGAAGACAUAUUUUGUUACUCAUUUAUCCUACAUGGUCACCUGUGAAGAGGUGGGUCCCAGGUGAGGAAAAGGCUGAAGGAGGGGGAGAAAGGUGAAGACUCAGGAUGCAGGGAGCUUGGGGCUGAAGAGGUGGCAGAAGGACAGUGUCAGACGGGGAGUGGCCGCAGUGCCGCUGCUGCCUCUCUGCAGUGGGGGCGACUGCCCAGAGACGCCUUCCAGGGACAGCCCAGCAGACCACAGUUGUCUCCUAGUUUUUAGAGCAUUUUUGUAAAAUGACUUUGUACGUGUAGGAUCUGAAUCAGUUUACAAAUUAUAUAUUAGCUAAUAAUACAUCAGAAGUACCUCUGUAGUAAAAUAUGAAAAAGCUUUG